AUGGACCUAAAAUCCGCCACCGCCCUAGUCAGAAAGAUGCGAAGCAUGGCAUAUCUUGAUGUUACAAAGUAUCUCCGCGGAUCCAAACACUUCAAGAGAAGCACCACGCUUUACCCUGCGCAAUACCUCGCCGCUACACGUGCAGCUAACAUACUCAUCUCCAAACUGCUCAACUACCUCUCGAUCACGCUAUCGCCCCUCAAGAACCAAGCCCGCACACUCACCAUCGCGGAACUGGUCAAGGAAAUGACGGAAGUCAUGCGUUUGGACAUCUUCUGGUGGGUCGUGGAAGCUGAAAGGGUGCUUUGGCUUGGCGAGAAGGACUUGGAUUAA